CAUCACUCCUUUGCCCAAACUCUCCACGGCCCAAACUCACAAAACCCUAGGGCAAAAUUUCUACCCAACGCAUCUCCUACAUAUAAAUACCCUGAUCCCCGCCUUAACGCCGCUCUCUCCUUCACUCUCUGCUAUCGCCUCAGCAGCUCCAUUUCGGUUUCUAGUUCUCCAGAAACCCUAAUUUCCCCCCCACAACACAACCAUGGCUGACAGAGCUCCCGGAGACAGGCCACCGCGCAGAGGCUUCGGAGACCGCGGACGUGGCGACAGAGGCAGGGGCCGCCGCCGCGGGCGUCGCGAUGAGGAAGAGAAGUGGGUUCCGGUCACAAAGCUCGGCCGACUCGUGAGGGAGGGCAAGAUCAAAUCCCUGGAGCAAAUCUACCUCCACUCGCUGCCGAUCAAGGAGUACCAGAUCAUCGACACCCUCGUCGGUCCUGGAGUGCUGAAGGAUGAGGUCAUGAAGAUCUCCCCUGUCCAGAAGCAGACUCGCGCCGGUCAGAGGACCAGGUUCAAGGCCUUCGUCGUCGUCGGCGACGGGAACGGCCAUGUCGGGCUGGGCGUGAAGUGCUCGAAGGAGGUUGCUACCGCCAUUCGAGGCGCCAUCAUUCUGGCUAAGCUGUCUGUGAUCCCGGUGAGGAGGGGUUACUGGGGGAACAAGAUCGGGUUGCCUCAUACUGUGCCGUGCAAGGUGACCGGGAAGUGUGGUUCCGUCACCGUCAGGAUGGUUCCGGCUCCUCGUGGCGCUGGGAUUGUGGCUGCUAGGGUGCCGAAGAAGGUCCUGCAGUUUGCUGGGAUUGAGGAUGUGUUUACUUCCUCCCGUGGGUCUACAAAGACUCUUGGCAACUUCGUCAAGGCGACAUUCGACUGCCUGUUGAAGACCUAUGGUUUCUUGACACCUGAUUUCUGGAAGGACACCCGUUUCACCAAGUCACCAUUCCAGGAGUUCACUGAUCUCUUGGGAAAGCCAACCAAGGCACUCAUCCUUGAGGAUGUCGUACCAGAAGCUUGAUUCUUCUUCGUACGAUCGAGCGAAGAGAGUAGUAGCUGAAUGUUUAGAUUUUGUCUUGGGAACUCCAAUCAUGUUAUCACUUUGGUUUUGUUCUUCACUUGGCCAUGACAUGAUUUUGGGAAUAUUUUUUUGUUUCUUUUUUUAGACUCGGUGUUUAUGGUUUUGAUCUGCACUUACUCUUUGUUUAAGCAUAUGAUCCUAUUAUGUUUCAGAAAACAGUUUGGAGCGAUCUGUCUUUUGCUUUAGUUUCUCUGUUUCUGCUGCUCUUCUCCCUUUUCCUGUUUUCCGUUGCAAUGUGCAUAAAUUCUUCGUUUCUACUUGACUAAAUCCCCUUAGAUAGGCCGUGGUUCUUUUAUAUGUUCAUAAUGUAUAUUGUGGU